GAUGUGACUACUCAUUUCAGAGGAAAUGAAACUGAGUUCCUCUUUCAGGGUGUGAGUUCAGGAAAAUGGCCGAGGCCAGUAUUUCAGUAGAUCAGCUUUCCGUGGAUCAGUUCAUGUGUCCAGUUUGUCUGGAUCUACUGAAGGAUCCAGUGGCGAUCCCCUGUGGUCACAGUUUCUGUAAGGUGUGUAUUAAUGACUACUGGGAUCAGGAUGAUAAGAGCAGAGUUUAUCUCUGUCCUCAGUGCAGAGACACUUUCAGUCCAAGGCCUGUUCUACGCAGAAACAACAUGCUGUCUGAAGUCGUGGAGAAACUGAAGAAGAAGACUGAAGUCCAAGCUGCUUCUCCUGCUCACUGUUGCGCUGGACCUGGAGAUGUGGAGUGUGAUUUCUGCACUGGGAGAAAACACAAAGCUAUCAAGUCCUGUCUGACGUGUGUGGCUUCCCUUUGUGAAACUCAUUUAAAACCUCAUCUUGAAAUUUCUGCUUUGAAAAAGCACAAGCUAAUCGACACUUCUGGAAAUCUACAAGAGAAGAUCUGCUCUGAGCAUGAUAAAGUACUGGAGAUCUACUGUCGUACUGACCAAAGCUUCAUCUGUUAUCUGUGUAUGACGGAUGAACACAAAAGCCACGACACCGUCUCAGUUAAUGCAUACAGAAGUGAAAAACAGAGUGAGUUAAAGGAGGAGCAGAUGAAAUCCCAGCAGAGACUCCAGGAGAAGCAGAAGAAGGUGCAGGAGCUGAAACAGGCUGUGAACACUAUAAAGCUCAGUGCACAGACAGCAGUGGAGGACAGUGAGAGGAUCUUUACUGAGCUGAUCAGCUCCAUGGAGAAAAAGUGCUCGGAGGUGACGGAGCUGAUCAGAGAUCAGGAGAAGGCUGAACUGAGUCGAACUGAACGACUCCUGGAGCAACUGGAGCAGGAGAUUGCUGACCUUCAGAGGAGAGUCACUGAGCUGGAGCAGCUUUCACACACACACGAUCACAUCCAUUUCCUGCAGAGUUUCCAGUCUCUCUGUGUCUCUUCUGGACGUGAGGACUCACCCAGCAUCACUGUCAAUCAACAUCUCUCAUUUGAUGGAGUGAGGAAAUCUCUUUCUGAUCUGAAAAAGAGACUCGAGGAAUUCUGCCAGGAGGAACUCAGCAGAAUCCCUGAACAUGUUGAAGACGUUCAGAUUUUACUCUCAGAGCCAAAGAGCAGAGAUGAGUUUCUGAAAUAUUUCUGUGAUCUGUCUCUGGAUCCCAACACAGUAAAUUAUCACCUCAUUCUGUCUAAGAAGAACAGAGUGGUGACAUACAGUGAGAGAAAGCAGCCGUACUCUGAUCAUCCAGAGAGAUUUGAUUCCUACAGUCAGGUGUUGUGUAAGGAGAGAGUGUGUGGACGCUGUUACUGGGAGGUGGAGUGGAGCAGUGAGGAUUAUGUGUUAAUAUCAGUCUCAUAUAAACACAUCAGAAGGAAAGGACGGGGUUAUGAGUGUGGGUUUGGAUUCAACAGUCAGUCCUGGAGUCUGUGGUGUUCUUCUUCUUCUCUCUUCUUCUAUCACAACAACAUUAAGACUGAUGUCAGAGUUCCAUCACCCUCCAGAAUAGGAGUGUAUGUGGAUCACAGUGCAGGAACUCUGUCCUUCUACAGCGUCUCUGACACGAUGAAGCUCCUCCACAGAGUCCACACCACAUUCACUCAGACUCUAUACGCUGGGUUUAGGUUCUACUGGGAUUUUCAGGGUAAAUCAGGAUCUGUGAGGUUGUGCGAUCCAGAAAUAUUAUAAGUUUUUGGUGUUUUAUGCUCAGUAAUUUGUUGAUAAAAAGAACUCCAUGCACAUUUCCUCAUUAAUCCUCAAUUUUGAAAAAAAAAUUGUGAACAUUAAAUCAUAUAUCACAGAAUUAUUACCCAACCUAAACUGACUAUCCGUCCACCAAAACAGUUUAAUAGUUGUAACAAUAUUGUAAUGAGACUCUUCUUAAUGUGCUGUUAUAAAAGUCUUGGUUUUAGCCUAAAGGGUAAAUUAAUUCAUUUUAAGCUGAGGCACGAGAGCGAACCAAUCAGUGACCUGCAUGUGAGCAAAUCAGACAAAGUUACGGAUUAUAACAAAACAAACAUUUAUUCCUACUAAUUCACUUUUACGCCACUGUCGUAAAAACAAGUCCCACUUUGCGCUCUCCUCAUGGACAGAUGUGUGUAUGUAUUUGUUUAUAAGCUGAAGCCAGUUGAACUGUAACACUGACAGAAGCUAAAGAAACAUGUUGACUGACAAGGUGGAGGAAUAUUACAGGAUUUUACACAAAUAUGUUGCACAGUUUUAUUUAUUGUGACAUCAGAGAUGAAUACUAGUGGGUUUUUUUUUUUUUGGAGGGCUAAAGCUGAAGCCCCACCAAAAUAUGCCUAGAAAUGCCCAUGGUGCGUCAACUUCCCAUUAUCUGUGUUCAAAAGAAUUUUAGUCCUUUGUAAUGUGGUAAUAAUGAUUUUAAUGCUUUUAA